AUGUAAAGUUGUGAAAAGUUGGCGGAGGCCAAAAGCGGCGGCGCCGAUUCUGCAGCCCGCCAACGCUGGACCUUUCCUUUUCCGGCUUGACAUCUUCAGCCGAAACAACGAGAUGGCGAAAAUCAAAGGCGAGGGCAAGCGUGAGAAGCGUGGCAAGUCAACACUGAACGAGGUGGUCACCCGGGAAUACUCGAUCCACCUGCACAAGAGGCUGCAUGGCGUCGGCUUCAAGCGGCGGGCUCCCCGUGCCAUCAAGGAGAUCAAGAAGUUCGCCGAGAAGCAGAUGGGCACUUCCGACGUGCGGAUAGACACCAGGCUAAACAAGUAUAUCUGGUCCAAAGGAAUCAGGAACGUGCCCUUCCGCGUGCGGGUGAGGCUGGCCCGCCGCCGCAACGAGGACGAGGACUCUCCCAACCAGCUGUACACCCUGGUCACCUACGUGCCCGUGGAGUCCUUCAAAAAGCUCCAGACGGUGAAUGUCGAGUCCAGUGACAACUGAGGAGGUGACUAAUAAAAAAAAGUGUACAUUACGA